AUGAGUACAUCAUCAAGCAUUUCAAGAGAUCACGAGCGCGGAUUGAGAUCGUCGCUCCUCGAGCAGGGGUGCAUCUACAACAUGAGCGAUUGUUACGAGAGGCUCAGAACUAUGUUACCUCAAGGAUCAGACAACAGACGCAUGAGUAAAGUAGAGAUUUUACAACAUGUCAUCGACUACAUCCAAGAUCUUGAAUCAGCGCUAGAGCUGCCCCAUUCACAGACUGCAGAAAACUUUGUAAGUCAGGAAUCAACUGACGAGAGAACAACGAGGAUUCCGCUCAAAACGAUCUCUUAUAACCGCUAAUAAUAAGGUAUGGUGGCCUUGUAGAUCUUGAUAAGGCAACAAUGUUGUCACUUAAACGCGUAAAAACCCGUUUUAAUGAGCAAUAUUGUAAUACUUUGCGUAAACAUGAUUUCUGCUCACGAAAGCCAAUUUCAUUUAUAAGGCAAGGGAAAACGCCGUACGAUAUGCUCUAACUUAGACCGGGACGGAAAGAGUAGGCAUGAGUAAGCAUAAAUUCACUGGUUUCAGUUUUAUAGUCACAUCCAAAGUUGUGACGAGAGUCAUGGAUAAAUAUAUUGCCCGGUGUCCGUAUAUUCCUUGUACCAAAACGUAUGAACAGUUCAGUGACAAAGUAGGCAUUUCCCGCCCCCUCAUUCGAGACAGUGUGAAGGAAUGUUUGGACAUCGCUUCAGUUAUGGACAAAAGAAUUAGACAUCUGUGGAAAGCGAUUUGCUGUCUCGACAAGAAUCAGAAAAAACUAAAAGACAUUUUCCAGCAGUCAUUUGCCAAUAAAACAGACGGCUUGAGAAGCGUGAGAGGAACCUGUUUCCUAGAAGUAGAAUGGUAG